CUACGCUUUGUCAUUGCUAAAUGCCGUCUGUGUAAGAUAGGUCGUCAUUCAUUUACACGGAACAAUAAUGGAAUUUAUCAACGGAAUUUGUAUAUUAGUUGUUAUACUACAUUUAACAGCUCAAAGUAAAGGGGUCGAAUACCAGUCCAUGUACAGACGAAUUCCUGACAACUAUCUAAAAGCCAUUCCGCAAGAGGUUUUUGAAAAUGCAACUGUAGAAAAAUGUGCAGCAAGCUGUGUAAGGGAAACAGAAUUCGAAUGUAAAUCAUUUGAUAUCGACAACUUAAAUAAGGAAUGUCAUUUGCAUAAUCACACACACACAGAACCAUUGGUCGGACUUCAGCACGCGCGGGGAUUCGAUCACUAUCGAACUGCAUAUGAACGGCUGUUUAACAGAAUUCCAAACCACGUGAUAACGUUACGUCAUAACAGGAAUAUACGCGGACUGACAGUGGAAGAGUGCGCACGCAGAUGUAUAUUAGAGAUUACGUUUAAAUGUCUUGGCUUUGAUUAUGAAGAACGAAGAAGGAAUUGCUGGCUAACAGAUAAGGAUGUCCAUGACGUCAACGGCCUUGUACGGCGGAGUAAUACAGAUUUUUAUGAACGAAAAUCUAAUGGCGCUCUUGGAAAAUUCAUCAAUUAUGGUUUUGGAUCUCUACAGACUCUCGAAGGUGUCCAAACCCAUGGAAAAAUUGUGCUUGGUGUACACCUAGACGCAUGCGCACAGCUAUGUUUAGCCGAAACGUCAUUUCCGUGCGCGAGCUUUGAUUACGUAUACGAUGAACAAUCAUGUCAACUGAGUCAGUAUAUAGCAGCUAAUGUUCACGGAAUAAGAACAGAAUAUGAUUCCAAAUAUCAGGUUAUGCAUUACGAGUUAAUAGGAGAAUAUUUAGAAUAUUUCUAUCCGACGCCGUAUGCUUCGUUGCUAGGCAACAACGACCGCACAAUCUGGAGGGUGACACCUGAAACAUGCGCGCGCAAAUGUUUAGAGGAGAGGGAUUUCGUCUGCAGAUCAUUUGAUUACCAGAUUCAGAAAGGAACGUGCCUAUUAAGUCAUGCAACCGGAAGCGAUGCGGGGGGUCUUUACACACCGGAAGAAGUUAAUGUCCACCAUUUUGAAAUGAAACCAUCUUUAGAUUGCGGUGGCAUUUUGAAUGAAGACCGUGGGAGCUUCGCGUCACCAAACUGGCCCAGACAUUAUUUACAUCAUUUAAACUGUACGUGGAUGAUCGAGGUCCCUGAAUUCAAGAUCAUACAGUUUGAAAUAUACCACUUAGACCUUGGUUGGCAGACGGAUGAACCUUGUAGUAAUAACAACGACGUUCUUAAAGUUUCUGAAACAACCGGCGACGGGACAAGUUCGAGCACGUGUCUCGUAAACUACCAAACGCAGAUCGCAACAACGACCCAUAAAGCAAAAGUUUCGUUUGUAACAAAUUCAGAUAAUGAUGCCCAAGGAUUUAGAAUAUUUUAUUUUGCAGACUGGCCUUGUAAAGCAACGUUUACAAAAGACAACGGGGAAUUCGCUUCUCCUAGAUGGCCUAAUUCUUAUCAAGCAAUGACCUCGUGUCAUUGGCAUAUACAAGGACCGGAAAACUCAAAGGUGUUUCUUAGAUUUAGUUCGAUAGAACUUGAAGAUCAUACAGGCUCGUCUUGCUUAACAGCAUACGACAAAAUUGAGAUUUACGACAGUUUUACGACAUCGAAUCAUUUAAAGACGCUUUGCGGUAACAGACGAUCUACGUCAUUUACAUCAAGCGGAAGUUCCCUGUAUAUUGUCUUCACUUCAGAUAGCCGUGUCCAGGCAAAAGGGUUCCAUGCGUCAUAUACGUUCAUAUUACCGUCGACAACGACAACAACAACAACACCACCAACAACAACAACAGACGGUUCUACCACAAUAAGUACAACAGGUCCAUCAUUGAAAAAAUUGUUAAAUGUUACCGCAGAAAAUUCUACUCUAUACAACAGAUCGUUGGAUAUUUUAGCGCGACCUGAUACAGAUUCAUCAAAUUUGUCUCUAUCUAUGAAGCUAGCAAUGAUCUCGUACGACAAAGAGGUGAAUAAGGACAUAAAACUGACCGCAGUGUUUGUUGAACCAUCGACAGACGACAGUGACGAGAAAAAUUCCAAUACAACCCUACCCGGUGAAGGAAAAAAAAAUAAAACGCUUUUUUUAAAUUGA